GCAGUAACCAUCCACGCUUUUCUUCGACUCGAUAUUCCUUCUCUAUUGCUCGCCCGCUCCUCUAUUUGCUAGCAUUGGCAGUCACAGUUGAAGUGUUUUACAAUGUUUCUGUCUCCUCCGAGUCUAGCCGCGCUCCUUGUGCUAUUGCCCGCAAUAGUGUCUGCAGCUAUAUUUCCUCCUGACACCAAGGUCAAGAUGCUAGACCCGAAAGGUUUCCGGAAGGCUAUGAGGAGUAAUAGGACGAGUGUGGUUGCGUUUGUCGCCCCGUGGUGCGGGCACUGUCAACGAAUGGCUCCCGAGUACAGCAAGGCUGCUGAGAACUUGAGUCCACUAAUCCCGUUCUAUGCAGUAGACUGCGAUGCCGAGUCGAACAAGCGGUUAUGCGGAGAACAGGGUGUUCAAGGAUUUCCAACGCUCAAAGUAUUCCCUCGUGGUAGCCAAGCUCCGCCUGAGUCGUACGACUCUGGCGAACGCACUUCUGGCCACCUCAUCCGCUGGGCCUCGCGCUCCGUGCCUAACAAAGUAAAACUCCUCCCGCAGAUCCACGACAUCCCAGCGUGGCUCGAAAAGAGGAGCGACCUCCCACGCGUCAUUCUCUUGAAUAAGGACAAGAAGUUCCCGCUGCUCUGGCAGGUCCUUUCGAAUAAUUACUGGAAGAAGAUGGCGUUUGGCCAUCAUACAGACCCGGAUGGCGCGUUUGCGGUAUCGUUGGGGUUCCCUGCGACUGUCGAGGGAAAGACGUCGAAGGUGAUUGUGUAUCCAGCAGGGUCCAGCGUGCCGGUUUUGUAUGAAGGGAUGACAAAGUAUGACCCGUUGACGAAGUUCUUUAGAUCUAUCUUGGAUGGGUCAGCAGACUUCCUCCAAACAUCGCCAGAGCAACCUGUCAGGGAUGAACUGUAAUUUACGUGGAUCAACUUAAAAGUGUGUAUUGACAUCUUCUACUUCAACGUGUUUGGAGUCGCCCGCGGACUUGCAUCAAUCUCACACGGUGUUCGCCAAAGCUCCACAUUCUCGUACUUUGGUCGGUUUGCGUGCUGACGGAAAGAAAACACAUUUGAUUAUGAUUCGUGUUCUAUAUUCUGCUUGACCACAUCCUCUGC